GGCGGGGCUCUAACGGGCCAAGCUCGCGGGCGUCAGCCAGCCGGGCCGGCGCUGCAGUUGAGCUGCGUGGUGGCUGUGGCAGGUGAGAGCCUCCGGAAGAGAGGCGGCCUCUGGCCCCGACCACGCUCCGCGAUCUCUCACUCGGGCACCCGGCCGGGCCUGUCAGGGAAGGGCCGCCACCGCCGCCGCGCGUUCGCGAGGCCUGGCGCAGCCGCGGGACCCAGGAAUGGCGUAAGGGUACCCCCAGACCUCGAGACGGCCCGAGUGGGUCGCCGGCUGUGGGACGGCGGCGUGCCCUUCCUUUCCUCCCUCCCAGGGAGAGCCCUGCCAUCGAGGAAGGCAGCACGGGACCAGGACCCACCCAUGAACCCUUCUCAGGACAACCUAACAGCACCAGUGGGGAUGCUCUCCUAAGCCACAGAGAGCCUGGGCACACCAUCCGUCCUCCAGGAAGAGCCAUGGUGUUAAUGCAGGGCAGGGACAGCUCUCAGCAGUGGCCUGGUCUGGGAGGCAGGGGUGGUGGCACAGGUCCCGCAGACAUGCUCAGAGCUGCCCUGCUGCUCAUCAGCCUGCCAUGGGGGGCCCGAGGGACAGCCAGCACCAGCCUCAGCACUGCUGUGGGCCACACUGUGCCAUUGACUGGGGGCCGCUACUUGAGCAUUGGAGAUGGCUCUGUGAUGGAGUUUGAAUUUCCUGAGGAGAGUGAGGGCAUCAUCGUGAUCUCCAGCCAGUACCCAGGCCAGGCCAACGGGACAGGACCCAGCCCCACGCUGAAGGUCACAUCCCUGGACACAGAGGUGCUGACCAUCAAGAAUGUGAGUGCCAUAACCUGGGGAGGUGGGGGCGGCUUCGUGGUGAGCAUCCACUCUGGCCUGGCUGGGCUGGCCCCACUUCACAUCCAGCUCGUGGGCACCCAUGAGGCCCCGCCCACAGUGAUCGAGGAGCGGAGAGAUUUCUGCAUCAAGGUCUCACCUGCUGAAGACACCCCGGCUGCGCUCAGUGCCGACCUGGCCCACUUCUCAGAAAACCCAAUACUCUACCUGCUCCUGCCUCUUAUCUUUGUCAAUAAGUGUUCGUUUGGGUGCAAAGUGGAACUUGAGGUUCUAAAGGGGCUCAUGCAGAGCCCCCAGCCCAUGCUGCUGGGCCUUCUGGGCCAGUUUCUGGUCAUGCCCUUAUAUGCUUUCCUCAUGGCCAAGGUCUUCAUGCUGCCCAAGGCCCUCGCUCUAGGCCUCAUCAUCACCUGCUCGUCGCCUGGUGGUGGCGGGAGCUACCUCUUCAGCCUCCUUCUUGGAGGGGAUGUCACCCUGGCCAUCUCCAUGACUUUCAUCUCCACGGUGGCUGCCACUGGUUUCUUGCCACUGUCUUCGGCCAUCUACAGCCGCCUGCUCAGUGUCCAUGAAACACUCCACGUGCCCAUCUCCAAGAUCCUGGGGACCCUGCUGUUCAUUGCCAUCCCCAUAGCAGUGGGCGUGCUCAUCAAGUCCAAGCUCCCCAAGUUCUCCCAGCUGCUGCUGCAGGUCAUCAAGCCCUUCAGUUUUGUGCUCCUCCUGGGUGGCCUCUUCCUGGCCUAUCGCAUGGGGGUCUUCAUCCUGGCGGGUGUCAGGCUACCCAUCGUGCUGGUGGGUAUCACGGUGCCCCUGGUUGGCCUGUUGGUGGGCUACUGCUUGGCCACAUGUCUGAGGCUGCCAGUGGCCCAGCGACGGACAGUCAGCAUUGAGGUAGGGGUGCAGAACAGCCUGCUGGCCUUGGCCAUGCUACAGCUAUCCCUCCGCCGCCUUCAGGCUGACUAUGCCUCCCAGGCCCCCUUCAUUGUGGCACUGAGCGGAACCUCCGAGAUGCUGGCCUUGGUCAUCGGCCACUUCAUCUACAGCAGCCUGUUCCCAGUUCCCUGAAGCCUCUGGGUCAAGCUUUCAUCAGCCCCAGCACCCACACUCCACCUACUGUCCCGAGUUCUUGUGUACCAAAGGCCUUUAGUUCUCAUGCACUAUGCACUCAGAAAAAUCCAGGCUUAUUUUUUUUACUGAUUUUUUUAUUCUCCAGCUUUCAGUGCCAAGGAGGCCAUGCUGAGUUAGGUAGGUGGGCACUGCCCAGAAAAUAUAUUUCAAUAAAAGACAGAAGCAAGCUUG